GGGCGAGUUGUGUUGUGUGUAGUGGAUAAACAUGGAUUCGACAGCAAAGUUUAUUGUUUCAUCAUUCUGGAAUCGGAUAAACUUCUUUCUUUUGGCUUGUCUGCUGAACAUAGAUGUUUGUCUAGGUGAAGCCACUACAUUUGUUCAGUGUGGAAAGCCUGCAAAAAGUACAGACUUAACCUGUAGUGUUAUUUCUGGCACAUUACGUAGUGGAUUCACAUGGUGGAGACCUAAUGGUAGAACAUCUACAGUGGUUAUGGAAUGUAACACAAACAACGAUGCAUGUGAUCCUGUUAGAGGUAUAACUGGAUACGAUGGUGUUCCUAACACAACUAAUGCAACAUGUACUCUUAUCAUACAAUCGUUCAACACUUCAGUCGAUGUUGGGAAUUGGACUUGUCAAGAUGGACCAACGGGAACUGGAAAAUCCACAUGUAUCAUGCCGUCUAUCGUGACCAACUCUUCAAUCAAUGUUGCGAAUGCCCUCCCCUCACAAGAACAGAUUAACUCUAAGAAAGAUUUUAACAUCAGCACCGUCAUUGAUUGUGCGUUUCCAAGUGUGAACAUGUCCUGGGUGUUUGGUGACAGUCAAACUCUGGCUCCAGUUAUUACCACUGAUGAUACUGGGUGCAACUUUCCUCUAGUGAAGACUAUUGCUGUUCUUAUGAUGAAUGAUAAAUCCAUGACUGGCCAAGUAGCUGUUUCGUUGAAGUUGAUUCAUCCAUCUUUUGAGAAUGAAGUACUAUACUGGCAGCUUGGUAUUGCUACCUUUCCAGUUAUUCAGUGCUCCUGUGACUGGACCAUCCACUUUGCAUACACACAGGCCAUCCUGAUCGUCGUGGUGAUCAUCGCCGCGGUCGCAUCCUUCCUGGUCUUCAAAGAAUUCAAACAUAAAUGGCUUCUAUGUGCUGUGCUUGGUGCCAUCCUCACUGUUUUGGGUGUGACUUGCGCCAUUUUGCUUGGCGUUAAUGACACAUGUUCUUCGUGUAAACAAGGUGCCUAUGUGGCCGCCGCCAUCUUCUGUGCCCUGUCACUGUGUGUGGGUGUUACCACUGACAUCUGGGUAGUUCUGAAAUUCACUGGUGUCUGUGGUAAAACUGUGAAAUGGGCAAGAGUGUCGUGUUUUGGUGCUGAUGUUGAGUCCAAGAAGCUUGAUGGCGGCAAGCGCAAGGCUCCAGAAGGCCGUUCUGAUUCACCACCCAAAACUGAUUCCUCUCCUCGUCGUCAGCCUCUACUCACUGGGAACGUGGGAUCAACUGCUUCACCACCCAAAACUGAUUCCUCUCUUCGUCGUCUGCCCCCACCCACUGGGAACGUUGGAUCAACUGAUUCACCAGACAGAGGUGAUCCGUCUCCCCGCCCUCAGCCGCCACCCACUGGGAACGUCCCACCUGCUGCUCCAGAAGACCAAGGGGAUUCACCUGUCCAUACACACCCCACACCCCGCCGUCUGCCCCCACUGGAUGGCAACAUAUCGCCCACGACAACCAGUGCAUCAGAGGUUGAACCCAAAGUGAUUUCGGAACCGGAGUCGGAUGUGACAAAAAAGAAGAAGAAAAAGAAGAAGAAGAGGUCCACGAAGGAGGAGUCGGAAUCCAAAGAGAUGUCGGAAAUGAAGGAAGAGAAAUGAGAGCCAAAGAAAGAGAAGUCAGAUUCCGAGAAGAAGAAAAAGAGAUCAUAUUUCCACUGAUUUAAUUUGCAGCAGCCUUCAGCAAUGGUUACAUACAUGUACAUGUAUAUAUAAGCAGACAUACAACAUGAUUUCUAAAACAGUACUUGUGGCAUCGAUUGAAUUUCAGCACUAGUUACAUACAUGUACAUGUAUAUAUAAGUCGAUAUAAAACAUGAUUUCUAAAACAGUACUUGUGGCAUCGAUUGAAUUUCACAACUGCAAUAUUUUUAAAUCAAAUUAUAGAUUUAAUUUUGAUAUGCACACGUACAUCUCAUUAUUAUAAGAUAUAUUAUAAAAAAGACGAAAGAAGAUAAGACAAUUUGAGGAUGGUGUUUAUCAAGUCAUAGGUAAUCAUAAGUUUAGCAUUGCAAAUAGCACAUUGGAAAAGAAAAUUGUGACUGAAUUAUUUCGAGCUCUGAAUGAUUAUAUUAAUUGAGAAGAAAUAGAACUGUAAUGUUUCUAUGAAUAGUGCUGUGGCAGUUGAAGUUCAUUGGGGUAAAGACAUUACAUGUUGGUAAUAUUAUUAUUUAAAUAUUUAAUUUGCAGAGAGAUGGCUUUGUUUUAAUGAGUUACGGUUUGGGGUUUUUUGAUUGGGGAGGGGUUUGUUUUUAUUAUUAUUAUAUUUUAUUAUUAUUAUUAUUAUUAUUAUUAUUAUUAUUAUUAUUAUUCAGUUUUGACUGUAAAAUCUGACUUUAUGCCCAAGUCACCAACAUUUGAAAAUUUGACAUCCUUUCAUGUAAAGGUAAUUAGUUUUAUAUUUCUCUUCAACACAUUACAUUUCCAUAUCUUUUAAAACUUACUCUUAUUGUAAAUCAUGUUGGAUUGUUUGCAAAGUUGUACAAAUUGGGUUUCUUAAGUCAUAUUCAGAAAAUAAUACCCUUAAAAUUACAUAACAUUCAUUAAAUAAUUUGUGACAUGUUUGCAUACAUCUCGAAAUUUAUUUUUCUUUAAAAGUGAUUUGUUUUUCAAACUGGGACCCCAAAUACCUCCCAUGUUUCCUUAUGUUAUUCGGGAAAUUAUAUCAAUAUGCAGGUACACAGGUAAGUCAGAUAGUCGUCAAGAAUGCUGGUGAGGUAUUAAAUUAUAUCAAUAUGCAGGUAUACAGGUAAGUCAGAUAGUCGUCAAGAAUGCUGGUGAGGUAUUACAUUUAGUAAAACAUCUUACAAUUAGACCUGUAUUCAUUGUCCAGUCUGAACUUGUUGAAAUCCAACUUGGUUUUAAUUUUCCUGUAAUUGUGUAUAUUGCUAUUGUCAAGAGCAAAAUUCUUAUGUUCUUGAUCUGCAAGUUAUAAAUCUACAUAAAUCUAUAUAUCAGUCAGUAAAUUAGUGUCAUUUCACAUGAUUUGUGCAAAGUUUAAUAUUUGACCUAGGUGUAACAGUUUCUGUACCCAUGAUCUGAGCUGUACUCAUACGUGAAUAUUUAUUUACCUGUACCUGACUACAAUGUUGAACACU